UGAAGAAUUGAAGGAUUGCAGGCUGACACAUAACAUAUCAGGAGAUAUAGAUUGGGACACGACUUACACGUGGAGAAUCAACAUCACCGAUGUUAGCUCAUGUUUUGCACGUGAAUGCCAUACGUAUACCUAUUUUAUAAAUUUUACAAAAGCUUAUACAAUGAAAUAUGAUAAGCAAACGUCCUUUAUUGUGGAGCUACCAAGCGUCAGAAGGGAGAAACUUGAAUUUUAUGGAAAUCAUUGGACUUUAACUGACAAAAAAUCAAAUGUACUUUUUGAAACAUAUUUGCUAAUAAAAGUGAAUCCAAAGCAACUAAAUUGUACAUACAACACAAAUACUGAAGGACUCUCCAUUGACUGUAUUGGUUCAAGAUCGUAUCCAGAAAGCCGAUGUAAUUUCUCAUUAAUUUAUAAUGGAAGCAAAGCCGAUGAUCUUGUUUCUGUCCAAUACAACCACACAAAGGUUAGUCUAAAUCCUGAGUACUAUAUCACAGAGUGUACUGCAACAAUGCCCAUUUCUAAUAUCAGAACAGGGCUUUACGAAUUUUAUGUUGUAAUAUCCCCAAACACGACAACUCUACAAUGUGAUGACUGUGGAAAAACAGCAGUAAAGGUCAAUAUAGAAAAACCAGACAUUGUACUUGGCAAUUGUUCUAUGAGAGUACUAGAAGGAACGAGGGUAGACUGUCCGUGUAGUAGGGUUGACAAAAGCGACAUAGCAACACGAAUAGUCUGGUACCAGGAGAGAAUGUUGUUACAACAAGACACUGAUACGUCAGUUCUGACAUCAAAAGUCACAUCUAAUGCUCAAACUUACACGUGUAGUGCUGUGAAUGCAUUUGGCUGGAGAAUCAACAAGACGUACAAACCAGAUAUUAUAUACCAAAGUUACCUAGAAAAUCCAGGAUGCCCCAAUGACCGCCCACAUCUAUGUUUACCACACCGAAUCUGCUACGGCAAUGACGAGUUCUGUGUUGAAGGAAAAGUCGAGUCAUGUUUUCCGAUUGAUGUAGAGAAGAGUGAACUCAGCAGCUGGUGUGAGACAAAAGGACAGUUUAACGAGUCGCUCAUGAGGAGCAGGGCAUGCCAUGGGGCAUGUGCUGCACGUUUCGGCUCAGAAAUUAUCAAACGAGAUCCUGUGAUUUUAAACAUCAAUGACUUGUAUGCAAGCGUAUACAUCCUUUCAAGUGUUUUUUCGAUAGUUGUGUUGGGACUUAUAGCGUGGAUACUGCGCAAACGAUUAAAGAGAUUUGGAUAUAAACUUUACAGCAUCGUGUGGAAAAACUCAGCAGCUGGAAAUCAGAAUACGCGUGAACACCAAUGGAAUCAAACAAAUUUGAUAUCGUGUUCAGAAUAUAAACAAGAUCCAAAAGAAUGUCUGAAAACAUUGGAGAUCAAUGAUCCUGAUAUAAUAGAAAAGAUACAAGCGUACAUUGACUUGUACAUCAGUUUAACAGUGAGACUCGUUGUGAAAAACAAAUCACAAAGUUUAAACGGGAAUUUCUAUGGAAGCGGGCUUGUGGUUAACGUUAUCAAAGUGAAAUCUACAGAUAUACAAUGUAAGUGUCCAAAUUCACAACCUCACAGCAGCUGGUGUGUUUACGUAUCGACUUCCGUAAAAGUUGUGAGUAAUGAGGAGGAGGCGAGGUCCACUACAGCAGAACUGUUUUAUGAUGAUGAAAGUAAAGCCGGGGUGAAAGAAUUGCUUGGUGUUGGAAUAUACCAAUUUACAAAGAACGAAUCCAAUAUUAUUCAAUGUGUAUCCUGUGAUAAAGAUCUAUGUACACAGCUCAAAUCGGCACUUUACAAACUGAAGAAAAUUGUUAAAACAAUAAAUUACAGGAAUAAUGCUGUUGUUAUAGUCUCCCAUCCAUAUGGAAAGCAUAAACACAUGAGUAUCGGAUCCUACACAGAAACAGCGACAACAGACGACCCAAUUUUCACUUUAAGUCGUUUGUCAUACAAUACGCCGUCUUGUGAAGGAAUGGAGGGAGCGGCUGUUUUAAUUUUAAAUGAAACUUUCAAAGAAAGGUUUUUGAAGUUGAUUACUGCUGAUUUCAUUGUACAUUGUGGGGUAAACCAAGUGAGGGAUAACUUUAGUUGUUAUGUUCCUAUGGAAACUGAUUCAGCUGAUAUGGAUGCUUAUAAAGAUCACUUUACGGUGAACUUCGAGGCUCAUAUUGACGAAACUGCUGACACGUCUGCAGCCUGUGAUAAAGAUCACGAUCACAAAAUGUUUACACCUUUAAGUAAAUUCUCAUUUGAGGAACUUGGUGAACUAAAUGUGUAUGAGUACAUUACAAAUCUGGCAGAAUUAACUUGCAAAAUCGAUGUCGAUUUCACUAGUUCAGCUCGACCCGAGUUUAUAGAAGGAACAAACUCGCCCUAUCCUGUGGGGAAUCGAAAAGGUACAGCUUCUAUGAGAAGUGGUACGGGAGUGGUAUUGUCUGUGAUUAAAAUUAAAGAUGGCGGUGCAUCUCCUUGCCCGUGCCCAGCUUGUAAUCAAUUAGAUUGGCCUUUCAAGAAAUUUUACUUCGUGUAUGUUCGCACAGCAAAACAUAUUGUGUUUGAUGAUUCUGAGGUCGUUAAAAGUACAAUUAGAUUGAAGUUCGAUAACGAUUUAUCAUCAGAAAUGUUAAUAAGUGGCGGCAGAAUUGUUGAAAGUGACAUGAAAUUCGGAACUUCACUUGUUCAAUAUGUUACACAUGAUACAAGAAUUACCCACAUUUCUAACAGUUUAAGAAAUCUAUAUAAACUAGAACAAACGAUUAAAGCUCAGUUAGCAAGUAAGAAAGACCAAAGUCUUGCAAUUAUUGUUUCACAUUUGCAUGGAUGGCCAAAGCAUAUCUCAACGGGACACUGGUUGGAAAGAGAACUGACGAUCUCAAAAUCUGGAACUUACGUGCGCUACACCUACACGACAGCUACUUGCCCAGGCUCCAGCGGCGCUCCUGUCUUCAUACCCGGUGAAGGCGUCCAGAGAGUGUUUAAAAAUUUGUGUUUGCCGCACGUUCACAAAGAGACGGGGAAGGAUGGGCGUGGUGUCAGCUGCCUAGGGGUGAAGAGUUUCCGUGUUGUGAAACGUAAAAGUGAAUAA